GCUGGCUCGUGAGACUGCUCGACAGUACCAUGACGGUCCCUCCCACCAGCGUCCAGGUCGACACCGGUCACGCCGACAUGAUUCACGACGCUCAGCUCGACUACUACGGUCGUCGACUCGCCACCGCCUCGUCCGACCGCUCGAUCCGCAUCUUUGACGUCGAGGCGGACGACUCGUACCGCCUCGCCGACUCGCUCCAGGCCCACGACGGCCCCGUGCACGCCCUCGCGUGGGCCCACCCGUCGUUCGGCUCGAUCCUCGCCUCGUGCUCGUUUGACGGCAAGGUCCUCAUCUGGAAGGAGAACGACGCCCCGAACAAGGGCUGGGCAAACGUCAAGGAGCACUUGCUCCACACGGCCAGCGUCAACGCCAUUGCCUGGGCACCGCACGAGCUCGGCCCCAUUCUCGCCUGCGCCUCGUCUGACGGCAAGGUCUCGGUCCUCACCUUCAACAACGACGGCACCUGGGAGGCGUCCCUCUUCCCCGCCCACACCCAGGGUGUCACCUCGGUCAGCUGGGCACCCGCAGUCGGCAUCGGCGCCCUCACGAGCGCGGGCGGCGCACCACCGGCCGGCGGCGCGGCGCAGGGGCAGGGCGCAGACGGGCAGGAGGCGCUCCAGCAGGUCAAGCGCUUUGCGACGGGAGGGUGCGACGGGCUGGUCAAGAUCUGGGCGUACAACGACUCGACCAAGGAGUGGGCGCCCGACGCCUCGGAGCACAUCCUCUCGGGCCACUCGGACUGGGUGCGCGACGUCGCGUGGGCCCCCUCGGUCGGCGUCGGCAAGGCCUACCUCGCCUCGGCCGGGCAGGACAAGGCCGUGUGCGUGUGGACGCAGCAGGACGCAAGGAGCGCGUGGACGAGGGCGGUGCUCGACCCGAGCGGGACGGACGCGGCGCCGCAGGGGCAGCAGCAGGGGCAGCAGCAGCAGGGCGAGGGCAGGUUCGGCGACGUCGUGUGGCGCGUGAGCUGGAGCGUCGCGGGCAACGUGCUCGCCGUCUCGAGCGGCGACGGCAAGGUCUCGCUGUGGAAGGAGAACCUCAAGGGCGUGUUCGAGAACGUGUCCGAGAUGGCGUCGUAGCUGUCGUCGUCGUGCACGGGUCGCGGCGGGUGAGCGCAAUCGGGAUCGUCGUUUGUUCUGUGCCCUCUC